UAAAAGCAAUGAGAGUGGCAAUCAUUAUAAUAACGAUCUAAAUAACCAACAACAAAGAAAAGAUCAAAUUCAAUAUAAAAAAAAAAACUUGUAUGAAUUUAUUAAACCAGCACAUUAUGAUCAACAGAAAAGAAAGCCUCAACGUUCUUUACAUUCUUCUUUAAAUAAUUCUGUUCCAACAUCAUUUAUCACUUCCCCAACCUCUGACCACGAAAGGCGUGUAAUCGAAGAUCUUCCAAUAAUUAACGAUUCAUCUUUUAACAAUAUUAUUUAUAAUAAUGAUGCAUUCAAUCAUGAUAACUCCUCACAAAAUUUAGGAAAAUCUAAUUCCAAGUAUUUUAACAGCAACAACGAUAACAUGAAUUAUGAAAUUUCUCAAUCUGUUGUUAUUACUUCUUCUGCUUAUUCUAAAGUUUCUAAUCAUAGAGUUCAACAUUCUCAUGGCUCAGAUAUUACCUUUAAUAAAUCUUAUGUUAAUACACACCAUGAUCAGCAUAAAAAAAAGCCUCAACGUUCUUUACAUUCUUAUUUAAAUACUUCUGUUCCAACAUCAUUUAUCACUUCCCCAACCUCUGACCACGAAAGGCGUGUAAUAGAAGAUCUUCCAAUAAUUAAUUAUUCCAAUAAUGAUGAUAACGAUUCAUCUUUUAACAAUAUUAUUAAUCAUGAUAACUCAUCACAAAAUUUAGGAAAAUCUAGUCCCAAAUAUUUUAACAAUUACAAAGGUGACAAAAACAAAAACAAUAAUAUGAACUAUAGAAUUUCUCGAUCUGCUUCUUCUAAAGUACAUAGUCAUAGAGUUCAAUACUCUCAUAGUUCAGAUAUUACUUUUGAUAAAUCAUAUGAUAAACAACUACAACAAACAUCACAACAAAUACAGCCAAUACAAUCACCACAAUCACAACAAUCAUCACAAAAUACAAGCAGUGGUUUAUUAAAUAACAAUAAAUCUGUCUGUACAGAGGAUCUACAAAAUCAUUCUAAAGAAUUUUUUACAAAUUUAGACACUUUCUCAAAUUCUAAUACAGUUGGCCACACCAACGAAAGCAAUCAUAGUAAUAAUAAUGAUGAUGGUGAUAUUUUACUAACUAAUGAGUUAUCUAUUAGGCCGAGAAUAAGAACUUUUGUUCCCUAUAUAUUAUUUAGAGACAAUGACGUUCCUGGUUCAAAAUUCCAUUCACCAUCUUCUAACAGUACACCUAAAUCUAUCUAUAAUUAUAAUAUACGACAGAAUAACGAUAAUGACAAUAAUAGUACAGCAGUUUAUCAAAGUUUUUCAAAUGAUAAUUACACUCAACAAAAUAAUGAUAUAAAUGCGAAUUAUGUCAAUAAUUUUAAUUAUCAAUAUCACUCUCAAAAAGCAUCAUCAUCAUCGUCUAUAUCUGUUAAUAAUCAAGAAUUUCAAUAUCAUCAUCAACAGCAACAAAACGGAGUUUCAGGUUCGCCCGACAAUCAAAAAAUUCGGGAUGAACCAAAUAAUGAAGUAGUCGAUCAAUUAAAUGAACUUAACAUCACUAAUAAUGAUGGUGAAGAUACUGCUGCCACAAUUAUAUCUAAUAAUAAUAUUAAAUCUUAUAAUUCAUCUGAAUAUUAUGAAAAUCAAUCUCAAAACUUAUACCACCUAUCUCAUACUAACAAUCAAAUAGAUAAUUCACAACUAUCUGGAACCAAUAAUAAUAAUAUUUACAAUCCAAUAUUACAACAUCAACAACAAUUACUAGGAGGAUAUAAUAGUAAACCUUAUUUUGAUACAAAUAACAAAAUGAACAGAAGACCAUCCAUUCCAGCCCCAAUAACAACAAGCAAAAGAUUUUCAAAUACAUUCAAAAAAUCUAAAAAACAACAUCCAAAGUAUCAGGAAGCAACUUUAAGUUUACAAAAUAGUCAAUACCAGUCUGCUAUUAGAUUAUACUCAGAAAUAUUGACCCAAAUUCCUAAUAGUUAUUCAUUGAAGUGUGAUAGAGCAUUCGCUUAUCUAAAUAUUGAUGAAUUUGCACUUGCACUUUGUGAUUUGGAUGAUGCAUUAGUAAUGAAACCAAAGAAAUCUCGUGCUUGGGAAAUUCGUGAAGAAGUUUUUCGUCUACAAAUUCAAUAUGAAGACGUUUUAGUUGAUCAGAAUAAAUGCCUCAGGAUCCAACCAAAUAAUACUUCACAAAUGCAUAAAUAUGAAAUGGAAUUACAAGAUUUGAGUGAUAGCGGUAGAAUUCCAACUUUAAAAGGCAACCUAAAGAAAAAAGAAUGUAUAAUUUGUGUUGAAGAACGACCUCCUAAAUCAUUUGUGAUAAUUUCAAAUAAUUGUAAUCAUAAUGCAAACAUAUGUGAUGAAUGUGUUAAUAAAUACAUUGAAGGUAAUUUAAAUGAUAAAGGUGAUAUAAAUAUCAAGUGUCCUUUUAUAGGAUGUGAUGUAAUUUUAGAUAAUUAUGAAAUAAAAAAUCUUGUUAAUGAUAAUUUAUAUCAAAGAUAUGACGAAUUAGCAUUACGUAAAGCACUCCAACAGAUGCCAGAUAUUAGAUGGUGUAAAAAUCCUAAAUGCAAAUCAGCUCAAUCUCAUAUAGGAAGUGAAUCUGAGCCAAUAUUGACAUGCAGAGAUUGUGGAACUAAAAGUUGCUUCACGCAUGAUUCAUUAUGGCAUGAAGGAUUAACUUGCCAACAAUAUGAUAAAAUCGACAAAAAUAAAAAUAAGGCUACUCAAAAAUAUUUAGCAAAGCAUACCAAACCUUGUCCCAAAUGUGGAGUAAGAAUUUCAAAGAAUGAGGGAUGUGAUCAUAUGACAUGCAAAGUUCCUGAAUGCAAAUAUGAAUUUUGUUGGUUGUAA